GCUUCUGUCCACUGGGGCCCUAGCCCCUCUCUCUCCAGCCACCUACACCACUGCCAGGGGGCUAUGCAGCUGCCACCCUUCGACAUGUGGAAGGACUACUUCAACCUGAGCCAGGUGGUGUUGGCCCUGAUCCAGAAUCGGGGGCAAGGGCAGGAGGCCCCAGGGACUGGGGAACCGAGACCUGAGGCCCAGCAAGAGCAGGGGCCGGGAGGGCAGGGGCCUAGUGGGGGCCUGGCCACCCUCUGCAACUUCUGCAAGCACAAUGGGGAGUCUCGCCACGUGUACUCCUCGCACCAGCUGAAGACCCCGGAGGGUGUGGUGGUGUGUCCCAUCCUGCGGCACUAUGUGUGUCCCCUGUGCGGGGCCACAGGUGACCAGGCCCACACGCUCAAGUACUGCCCGCUCAACGGGGGCCAGCAGUCUCUCUACCGCCGCAGUGGGCGCAAUUCGGCCGGCCGCAAGUUCAAGCGCUGAGGACCAUGAGGUGCUCAGCCCCCGCACCCCCAGCCCUCCUGGUUCAGUCCUACCAAGUCCCUGGACUCACCCCACCUCCCUUGGAGUCACCCAGCCCUUUGGAAUGUCUGACCUCCAGAACUCCAUCCCUGCUGGAUCCUGAAACAAUGGAGUCUGUGGAGAGCCAGGCCAGCCCUGCCCCUUGGACCUCUCAGCCCUAAGGUUUCUGUCCUGGAGAUAU